AGAGAGGGAGAAAGAGAGGGGGGAGAGAGAGAGAGAGAAAGGAGCUGGAGAGAGUAAUGAUCGUGACGACGGUCGUGCGGACAAAUGAACACCUCGGCACAGCAUUUGGGAUAUUCCAAAGAUGUGAGGAAUGAUCACGUGGGUGAUGGUUGGGCUGCUUCUGGCUGCGGAAACUUGCGGCAGAAACGUCCUCUCCGGAAACGGAAACGGAAACGGAAAGGAAGAGGCGAAGCGACGGGAGGGCCUGAAGGGCAUCAGCGUGGACGAGGAAGACACCUAUCGUCUAACGUGCUACACUUGCGUCAACGUCAGCGAUAACCAGAUGUGCAACGAAUGGGCGAUAGAUACACCGUGUCCGGCGGGAGGCCGUGAUUUCUGUCGGUCGCUGCACAUUCUGGACAGCCGAGGGAACAGCGUCUUGGUGAGCAAGAGUUGCGCCAGCAGCGAGGAAUGCGGGCCUGCGUCGGUCGGUUGCAUUCCCGUGGACACGCAGCAGAUCUGCAUAAGCUGCUGCGACGAGAGCUACUGCAAUAUCGAGUCGCCGACUAACGCCACUAACGCGAUCUACUCGCGCAAACGGCGCGCCAAGUCGAAAUCGAAGCGCAAACGGCCCGGCAGAAACGGGGUCGACGCGACGACGCGGCUCUACGGGUCCAGCUUACUCUGGCUUCCCGCCUCGCUCUUCUAUGCAUAUCAUUGCUGAGGAAGCAGCAACACUAACCGCGCGCGCGCGAAGCGGACAGCGCGGAAAUCGCGUGCGAGAGUCGACGCGAUGCGCGACGCGCCACGCCAUCGCGGCGCUGAAUCGCGCGUAAGAAACGCGCGCACGCGCGCGCGCGCGCACUCGUCGUCUCGAUCGUGAAUGUUCUCUUCUGUGAUUCCUUCGUAGAUUCACGCUCGCCUAACUACGCAAGAACACACGCCCGACACCGUCGUCUGAAUUCCGACCAAGCUUACCGACGAACUUCCCCGCCGACUUUCCGCGCCCGUCACGCCGUCACGGCUCGGCGACCCCUCACUGUCGUCCAAUUGUGUGGAAGAGGAGACACGCUAAUCGCUCUAUUUUUCGUACUCUCAUUUGACAUUCUCGCUUAGCCGCGCCGGCUAACUUGAACGGUAACCGCAAGAUCUUGACGUGUACACGUAAUUUAGCGUACGUCGCGCCGAACAUACCGAGAACGCUCGGUGUUUCCAGCAUGAUGGCGGGAGAGCGAAACGUUCGUUUCGGGGACAGAGGGUGUCCGCGAAGAGGAAUCGCCUGGCAGCGGUUCCAGGAGAUGCGGAGAACGAGAUCCGGGCAAAGAGCGGUCGAAAAACUUGGCGCCGUUCCGCGCUGUCCGAGACGUUAUUAAUCGGGGACCCUUCGAACUAAUCGGGUCCCCCGUGAUGGCAAAAGGAAUUGUUUUCUCGUCGUAGUAUCGGUAGUCGCUAUGCCUCGGUAGAAGGAACUUAAAGCACAAAGAGUAAGGUCUCUGAGAGAGAGAGAGAGAGAGAGA